UCCGUUCCCGUGGUUCCUCUCGGACUUUGGGCAGAGGGUUUAAGGCUUAGAAAGCGAACUCUCUGGAGCGUCCCGUGUGUCCUCCCCGCAGCAGCCGAGCCGGGAUGGCGGUGCGGGUGUCGGUGCUGCCUUCGCCCCGCUGUUUGUUCGAUGCCCCCGUGCGGAUCCUCGUGGAAGGUCUGCAGCCGCAGCAGCCCGUCACCCUCCGAGCCAGCCUCGAGGACGAGAGCGGGGAGCUCUUCCAAGCCCAGGCUCGCUACAGAGCCGGGAGCAGCGGGGAACUCGACCUGAGCCGCUCCCCGGCGCUGGGGGGCAGCUACUUGGGCGUGGAGCCCAUGGGGCUGCUGUGGUCCAUGCGGUCCAGAGCGCCCUACAAGCGCCUGGCCAAGAGGAAUGUCCUCACCCCGUUCCGGGUGGACUUCGAAGUGUACGAGGGACACGGGGACGUGAGCUGCUUGCUGGGGAAAGGCACCAAUGAACGAUGGUUUAUAGGAGAGGGGGUGAAGAGGAUUUCGGUCAGAGAAGGUCGCCUGAAAGCAACCCUCUUCCUCCCUCCUGGGCCUGGUCCAUUCCCUGGACUUAUUGAUUUGUAUGGAUCCGGAGGAGGUCUUGUUGAACACAGAGCAAGUCUUCUGGCUAGCAAAGGCUUCGUGACCCUGGCUCUUGCUUACAUGGCCUUUGAAGAUCUCCCUGCUUGGCCAGAGGUUCUUGAACUGGACUAUUUUGAAGAAGCUGUACACUUUUUGCAGAAGCAGCAGCAGGUGAAAGAUACUGGGAUUGGUGUUCUGGGCUUGUCUAAAGGAGCUGAUUUAGCCCUAUCCAUGGCCACAUUUCUACCUGGCAUCAAGGCAGCUGUCAGCAUAUCCGGAAGUGGUUUUAACUCCUUCGUGCCCUUGCAGGGGAAUGGCUUCACUCUUCCUCCUCACCCAUAUGAUUUGGGAAGGAUGAAGAUGAGUGACGAGUCUGGCCUUGUAGAUUUUUCAGAUGUGCUAGAUGAUCACAAGGACCCAGCAACCUGGGAUUGUCGCAUUCCAGUGGAGAAGUCCUUGGCCAAGUUCCUCUUCCUGUCGGGACUGGAUGACAAGAACUGGAAAAGUAACCUCUAUUGCCAGGAUGCCAUUGAGCGCCUUCAGCAGUAUGGACGGGAAGUGGAGUUUUGCUCCUAUUCUGGUGCAGGACACCUCUUGGAGCCACCGUACUUGCCUCUGUGCCAGGCUUCAAUCCACAAAGUGCUUGGGAUGUUUGUCUGUUGGGGAGGGCAAUGGAGGGAGCAUGCCAAAGCCCAAGAAGAUGCAUGGUGUAGGAUACAGGCCUUUUUCUGGCAACACUUGACGGACUCGGAGAUCGCUAAGAGCAAGCUGUAGUGGAAGCUGUCAAAGGUGCUGACCAGGAUUGGUAUUUCAGCUCUCACUAAAUCUUGGAAAUUCAUUGAAAGUUUCCUGGCCUGCCUUCCUCUAAACCCCAGUACUGCAUAGUUCACUUUCAUUCCCCAAAUCAUUUUCCAUGUUUUAGUUGAAUUUGUCUUCUGGCCCCAACUACACUGUAAAUUGUCACCAUUUGAUCUGCCUGUGUGCUGUAGGCAUCUGAAAAAAACCCAGUAUCCUGUCAUGCAGAUUGCGUUUGUAAUGAGCUGUCUUUGCCCUCAGUCUCCUUUGGUAGCAGGGAAUACUCUCAUAGGAAGAGUUUUCCAUUGAGUUGUUUAGUCUCGCACCUUUAACUAACCUAGAUGUAAACAGCACUUUCUUGGGACAGCAUGUUAGAACACUAACCUUUCCUCUUGGUAUGUAAUUUCCUCACAUUUCUUAGUAAGAAGGUGCAGCAGUUCUGAUCUCAGCUAAGUAAAGAGGCGGCACUCUUUUGACUUAUUCUGAAGUAAAACAGUAACAUGUUUUUUCAGCUACCUCACAGAACAGAAGUGCAUCUUACUGAGGUUACACUGGUGGUUUUCCCUGCUGACUCUGUAUAAGUUCUGUACCAGGGUAAAGUUUUCACUGCACUACUCAAUAAAUCCAAUGUGUAUGUGUGUAUGCACAGUUUACUUGCAAUUAUCUGAAUGAAGCCUUCGACUGUCUUUAUGCUUACAAGCAGUAAUCCUGGUGUAGUCAUAAGUUGUCACUUCACCUGGCUGAAGAGUUUGUGUUCAGCAGUCCUUACCUCCUACUGGUAAGAGAAGUGAUGGAGUUGGCAGUAGGGAUCUGCACAGUCUCAGGAUGGGGGUCAUAUGGAUGUGCUAAGUACCUGCUUUUGAAUGUUGAAAGUCAGUUUAUCCCCAUUUGGGGGAGAAAGAAUAAAGCCACUGCUGUUGUUGAAUUCCCAGGAGCCCUGUGGAGCAGGCUAUCUUGGUGGUCUUGCCACUAUAGCAGAGAGCUGUGGGCUCGGUGAUAGGAAGUGCCACUCUUGAGAGAGGACUGGCCUUACCUUCUGGGGGAACUGUGCAUUAUCUCGCCCAUUACUGAGGUCCAAACCUGCCAAGGACAGCUGUCAUCUACUUCAUGCAUUUGUGAGAUGGUGGCAAACAGCAUCUGGCUGGCAUUUUCUGGCUAUCAAAUGGCAUCAACUGGGCAAAUUUUACCUCCUGCAGCAGUCAAGGCUCCCUUUCUGACCACAGAAAUAAGCAGGAGCUGGAGGUCUGUGCCUUUCACUGAGGCAGCAAAAUCUUGCCUUUGAGAGAGCAGUAGUCCCUGAUUUCCAGUUCCU